UUAGUUGCUCUUAAACGUUUGAACAGCGCGCAGUGUUGGUAUUUGAUUAAACGUAAAAGCGUAAGAGCAAGAGAGUUAUAUUGUACCCUAAAAAGCUUCCUUUGUGUGUCGUUGGAAUAGCGGCAAGCCUGCCGACGGGUGAAUAGCUCAAGCGUGUGCUCUGUACUCAGAACAAACUCAGACUCAAACGAAAAAAUUUUCUUCAGUGCGUCUAGGAGUUAAAUAAGUUGAAUUUAUUGUAUUGUUAACAAACGUUUAUUACAACGAACGCGAAGCGAAUUAACGCAAUAAGAGCUACGAAAAAUAACUACGCACGAGGCGGAGUAAUAUGAGUAAUGCAGCCAACCAAAAUGGAUCAGGUCUAGAGCAGCGUUUAGCUGAUCUGGACUUGCAGGACUCUCACCAGCCAAGUGGGGGUCGCUACGUACCACCGCAUUUACGCAAUAAACCUACUAACGGGACAUCUGGCAGAGAGGAACCCUCUUCCAAUUCGCGUUAUCAGGAGAGAGAUCGCGGUAACUCACGAGAACAAGAUCGUGACAGGGAUCAUGGUAGCAGUUACAGAGACGUCAGGGUCAACCGUGACGCUGAUUUCGGAAAUUUCGGGCGCAACAGACGCCCUCAGGAGAACGGACGAGACUUUCGUUCUGGAGGAUACGGCGAGCGAGAUCGCCCGGUGGGAAAUGACCGUUGGAACGAGCAGAAAAACGACCGCUGGCAGGACAAUAGAAAUGAGUCCCGCGGUGGGUCUAUGGGAGGCCGAUGGAAGGAUGAGUCCGGAUCAGGCGGAAAAGGAGGCAGAAGCGAGGUGGACUGGACAAUUCCCACCACCCGAGACGAACGACUCGAGCAAGAGCUCUUUGGAAUCGGCAACACGGGUAUUAACUUUAGCAAAUAUGAGGAUAUCCCGGUUGAGGCGACUGGCGACAAUAUACCGAGCCACAUCACAUCUUUCAGCGAGGUCAAGCUGACAGAGAUAAUAAGAAACAGCAUCACUUUAGCUGGUUAUGAUACUCCGACACCGGUUCAGAAGUAUGCUAUUCCGAUAAUAAUUAGUCGUCGUGAUGUGAUGGCCUGCGCUCAGACCGGCUCCGGCAAGACUGCGGCAUUCUUAGUGCCAAUUUUGAACCAGAUUUAUGAGGGCGGUCCUCUUCCACCGCCACCCCAGGCCCCAGGUGGCCGACGUAAACAAUAUCCUUUAGGUCUAGUAUUAGCUCCGACUCGUGAGUUAGCGACUCAGAUUUAUGAUGAGGCUCGUAAAUUUGCCUAUCGAUCUCGAAUGCGACCUGCUGUUGUCUACGGUGGAUCUAACAUUGCGGACCAGAUGCGCGAGUUGGAUCGUGGCUGUCAUUUGUUAGUAGCUACACCUGGUCGGCUCGUCGACAUGCUUGGUCGCGGUAAAAUUGGACUGCACAACUGCCGUUUCCUCGUUCUCGACGAGGCUGAUCGUAUGUUGGACAUGGGUUUUGAGCCCCAAAUUCGGCGCAUUGUCGAAGAAGACACUAUGCCAGGUACUGGAGAACGUCAGACGCUCAUGUUCUCAGCAACGUUCCCCAAAGAAAUCCAGAUGCUUGCUCGUGAUUUCCUCAGUAAUUAUAUUUUCUUGGCUGUUGGUCGCGUCGGUUCGACCUCUGAGAACAUUACACAGAAAAUCGUCUGGGUGGAAGAGCACGACAAGCGAUCAUAUUUACUAGAUUUAUUACAAGCGUCUUCUUAUGAGAACGCCGAAGAGUCCCUUACCCUGGUGUUCGUGGAGACCAAAAAGGGAGCAGACAUGCUCGAGGACUUCCUCCACUCCAUGGGUUAUCCGGUGACAAGUAUCCACGGCGACAGAACUCAGCGCGAGCGUGAGGACGCUCUGCGUAGAUUCCGCGGAGGAAAAACCCCGAUUCUCGUAGCCACUGCUGUCGCCGCUCGUGGUUUGGACAUUCCACACGUUAAGCACGUUAUUAACUUUGAUUUACCUGGUGAUGUCGAGGAGUACGUUCAUCGUAUUGGUCGUACCGGACGUAUGGGUAAUCUUGGACUCGCCACGUCUUUCUUCAAUGGCAAGAACCAUAAUCUGGUACGUGAUCUGGUGUCGCUGUUAGUUGAGGCUAAUCAAGAGCUUCCACCGUGGCUCGAGAACUUGUUCUCUGAUGUCAAGCACUCAGGAGGCGCUAGACGUCCUGGUGGAACCACUAAGAACAAUCGUUUUGGCAGCGGCGGAUUUGGUGCUAGAGAUUACCGUCAGCAACCAAGCUCUGGAAUGGGCAACCGUAAUGGCCCUUCAAGCAGACCUGGUGGUUAUGGUGGAAGCUACGGUGGUGGUGGCGGAUAUGGAGGCAACUUUAAUUCAUCAUACAACACAGCUAAUAAUGGUGGCAAUUGUGGUGGUACUGACUGGUGGGGAAAAUAGAUCAUUUAGAAAUUUCGUCGCUAUUUACUCUUAAUAUCUUUAUCAUUAUUACUAUGAUUAUCAAUUAAUUAAUUAUUCUACAUGAAAAUUGAAUUAUAUGUAAGUGAGCGGCACGUAAAUACCGAGGGUACAUCGCGGUACUUGAUAAACAUUAUUAAAUCACGUAAUUCAAGACAGUGUAUUGACGUAUAUAUAACAUUUACAUUCGCUGAUUGCGUAUUUCGUCGAGUUUUAAUGCGCAAACGAAACUAAAAAUUUUAACAACAGGCUAUUGUGCCUCUGUGUACUCGACGGCUACCUUUUGUUUCUAUGCAAUAAGCCGAGCUGAUAAAAAUCCCAAUUAUUUGUAUACUAUUUAAUUAUUAUUGAUAUUUUCACCAUUAC